AAAAAACCAUCAGCCAUAUUGGUGUGUUGUAUCGCUGUCCCUCAGUAAUUUCGAAGAUCAGUGAGCAAAUAGAUUAUCAUGACGGAUUCCAUGAAAUUUGGUCCAGAAUGGUUGCGUAAUCUGUCUGGAGACAGUUGCAAUAAUAGUGGUGGUGGUGGAGGCACUACAAGUUUAACCACUCCACGUUAUCAAUUAGCUGAACAUAGAUACGGGCGAGAAGAAAUGUUGAUUUUGUUUGACCGCAAUUGCAAACCUCCUGAACCAUUGUCAAAUUUCUCAUCAUUAUAUGUUGAGAAAACUCAGCUUCCUUUGGCUCUUAUACAAAUGACAGAAGAUGAAACGCGAAUGUGGAAUGGAGGAAUAACUAAUGUUGGUGGUCGAGGAAGAGGUGGAAGCGUCGAUCGUGGGGGGCGCGGAAGAAACGGAAGAGGUAGCUUGUAUUCCUCUCAUUAUUCCCGUGGCGUUGGUUUCGAUGAUUCAGGAGAUGGAUCACGAAUCGACAGUCAAUCAUUUCAAGGGAGAAAUCGCCCAUUUGAUAGAUCUCAAAGUGAACGUGGUUGGUCAGAAAGAAAUGGAGCCUCAGAUCCAGGUGAAUGGAACGGUUCUACUAGUCCUAGAAAGGAAUUAAGUCGUGGAGCUAGUGGUAGUUCUCUUAUGGAAAGUAAUUGGCGACGUCAUCGUGGUGGUACAGAAGACGAUGAUAGUUGGCGAAAAUGGAGUAGGAGUAGUUGGCGCGAAGGUGGGAGUAUGGAUAGAGAUAGAUUAGAGAGAAAUGAAGGAGAUGGAGAAGAAGGACGAACUAGUGGUGGUAGAUGGGAACAUCGUGGAAGUCACAGAACUACACAUGAUUCAAGUCACCAUCCCCCUCCUCGUACAGCACGUACUUGGGAAUCGAACCAUCAUGAUAAUAAUCAUGAUAAUCUUCCUGAAUGGGCUACUGAGAAUCCUAGCGAAAGUGGAGGAAGCUUUGAUGCUUCCGGCGCAUUCCAUGGUGGAAUAUAUUCAGAUGACGAUGAAGAUGGUGUGAUUAGUGCAAGUGGUACUCAAGAAUCAUCAAGGACUCGACGUGUUUCUGAAGGAAGUACAGCUAUUACAACAAAACCUGGUAGCAAACCUUUAUCUUAUAGCUCGACUCAGGGACAAAUAGCAAGUCGCAAUGGCAAUAAUGGAGCAGGUAUAAUUAAUAAAGAACGACCGAAGUCCUUACAUCCGCUCGAUGAUAAAGAUGAAUCUAUCGAGAAGAAAAGGAGAAGCAGUUCUCCGAUAAAGCCACCACCUGUUACAGUAACGGAUAAUACCACUACUAAAAUUUCGACGUCAGUAUCAUCUGAAACUUCGCAAAAGAGAAACACAGUAGCAACAAGUACAGAGCAAACUGAGACUGAAAAAAUACCACCGACCGAUUCUGAUACUAGUAAAUCUCCUAAUAAAGAGAAGAAGAAGGGAGAAGAUGUUGAAACAGAAGCAAAAGUGGAUGCGAUUCCUGCUACUGUGACAAGACAGGUCCCGUUACAAGUAGAAUCUCAAAAGGCCAUGCAGAGUUUAGAAACGGAUAAUGUGAGACACAAGUCGGAAGAUGAUUUGGAUAGAAUGAAGGAAGAAGCGGAUGCAUUAGUGGCUAAAUUGAUGGCAGACGAAGAGAACCACAGGGAGAGAACUGCUGGUGUACCGCCUGCUAUUGGUAACCAAUCUUCCACAGUUCCAUCUACGAAUGGACAGGAGAAAUGGUUUUACCGUGAUCCACAGGGUGAAGUUCAGGGUCCGUUCUUAGCAAGUGAAAUGGCAGAAUGGUGUAAAGCUGGUUAUUUCACUGCAGGAUUAAUGGUAAGAAGAACCUGUGACGAGCGGUAUAGCACCUUAGGAGAUUUAAUGAAGAUGUGUGGUAGAAUACCAUUUACACCUGGUCCUCCGAUUCCUCCUUUAAAGUUAGCAGAUCAGGUUAUACCGCCUGUUCCCAACACUGUACCAGCUGGUAUGUCUGCAUUACCAAAAACUGGUAUAGAUGAUCCAUUACUUCUACUUCAGUAUCAACAAAUGCGGUUAAUACAAAAUCAUCAGUUACUUUUGAGACAAAUACGAACAUCAGCUAUAGCGAAACUUUCUCAAUCGGAGCAUUGGGCAACGUUAAGUCCCAUAGAACAAAAUCAGUUGAUUUUCCAAUAUGUUUUUCAAGAUUCGGAAAUUCCAGAAAUGCUAAUCUCUGCGAAUCCGUUUGUACCACAUCUUCCGUCUCAAGCUUCUAACCCUAUCAUGCAACUUUUCACUCAAUUGCAACAGGCUAAAACGCAGCCGGAGACUCAUUUAACGUCGAAUCCACAUUCAACUACGGCAACGCAUCCACCUAAUGUUGAUCCUAUACAGCAACUUAUACAACAAAUGAGUGGUAUGCAAAAUAUACAAGGAAUUCAACAGCCGAGUAUAAAUUCUACGCCAGCUGCAACGCAAGAAGAUAAUCCCAUAAAAUCUUUAUUACGCCAACUCAAUGUGAAUGCAAAUGGUCAUCCACAAACAUCACAUAUUGAUACUGUUUGGCCACAACCUCCACCACAAAUAAAUCCACAAUUUAAUGCGCAAAAUUGGUUGGCGCAGGUUGGGCCGAUACCAGCAGUACCUCCUGGCCAAUUACCUACAUCAUUAUGGGAUCUACAUACUAAAGAAAUAAAGACUGAACAGCAAAUAUUGGAAGAACAAAAUCUUAGAUUAGAGGAAGAUAGAAAGAAGGAAGAACUUCGAAAGCAAGAAGAAUUACAACGGCAAGCUGAAGAAGAAAAUGCGAAAAGAAAAAAGGAAGAGCAGGCUAAGCAAGCAGAGGAAGCGAAACGGAAAUAUGAAGAGAGAAAGAAGCGGAAAGAAGAAGAGAAGCGUAAACAAGAAGAGGAACGAAAGAAAAAGGAAGAGAAAAAGCGUAGAAACGAGGAGAAAGAAGCGAAGAAACGAGAAGAAUUGGGAAGACAGGCGGAGGAAAAUCUUAAAAGAAAGUUACAGGAAGAGGAAAAAAGGAAGAAAGAGGAACUUAGAAAGCAAGAGGAAAAGCAGAAAAAGGAAGAAGAGAAAAGAAAAAAAUUUGAAGAAGAGCAAAGAAAGCAGGAAGAAGAGAGAAUGCGGAAGGAAGCAGAGGCGCGCAAGCAAGCUGAAGCUGAAGAGCAGGCUCGGCGAGCGGAACGAAGGCGGCGAGAAGCAGAAGCUCUUCGUAAGUUACAAGAAAGAAGUAAAGCACCAUGGGCCCCAGCACCUUGUGCACCAACUCCAGCCACUCCUGCUGCUUCACUUGCGGAAAUUCAAAGACUUGAACGAGAGAAGAAAGCAGAGGAGCACCGGUAUGCAAAAGGCCAGCAAAUGAUGCAGCAACAAUUGAAAGCUGUGGAAGCAACUCAAGAAGCGUCAGCAGCUGACUCGUACAAACGAUUACAAUUUAAGUGGGCAGAAAAUGCUACAGCUUCCACCAAACCUGUACCCGUAAAGAGUCUCGCACAGAUUCAACAGGAAGAGCAAGAGCGGAUCGCCAAGCAGCAAGAAAGGGAACGCCAAGAAAAAACAGGGCAGAAAGAAUCAGCGAAUGUACUACAGAACGCUGGAAUAUGGGGUACUGCUUCUCAGUGUUUGAAUUGGGCCAAUUCGAGUACCUGUAGCAAUAGUCAAGCUUGGUCCAACAAUAGUGGUACGAGUGGUUUUUGGGACGACCCUACGCCAAUCAAAUCCUCUACAACUGCGAAACAGCCUGCUAAACAGAUCCCCGCAACAAAAGCUCCUACUGCCAACCAGCAGCAGCAGCAACAGCAGCAAAGUAAUAAGGCAAAUAAAAGUAAAAAUAAACGGGAAGAGGAACUCGUAAAGAAAUUAUUUGAGCAACCCACUGCCAAGACAGAUGAUUUCACGCAAUGGUGCAACAAAGCCUUGAGUGGAUUACAGGUGUCUGUGGACAUCCCCACGUUUGUUGGAUUCUUGCGAGAUAUUGAGUCUGCGUACGAGGUGAAAGAAUACGUCCGAGAUUAUCUUGGCGAUAACAAACAGAGCUCAGAAUUUGCAAAACAAUUUUUAGAAAAACGUAGUAAGUGGCGAUCCGCCCAACGACCUCAGGCAGAAGCGGAUGACUUAUGCAAGCCAGCGCCUGCUGUUAAUCCAAAUGCACCCAUGGAAUUUCAGGAAGUGAAGGGAAAGUCAAAGAAGCCAAAGAAGGGAAAAAUGUGCAAAGUUGAUAAUAGAAUUCUUGGCUUUAGUGUAACCGCAGCCCCCGAUCGUAUCAAUGUAGGUGAUCGCGAUUAUGGGGAAGAUAUUUGAAUGCAUUCUGAUGACUCUAACUGUAUUGUGGAAAUUGUGCAACGCUUGGCCCAACAAAUGGUUCGUUAUUUAUUUAUUGUAGAUGCCAAAUAAGUUCUAAGGAACCCGUUGCGAGUACUUCGUUAAAAGUAUAUCAGAUUUUUCUAUGAUUAUGCGUGUAAGAAUUUUAUUCCUCGUAUUCUUUACUCGAAUGUUAAUGGGAGCCUUAGAUACCGACAGAGCGUGGCAUUAUUUCCUUUUCAAACGGAACUGAAAGACACUCCGAGGAAUAAACCCUAUUGUACAUACUACUCAAAGAAAGAUACUUCAUAAAA